CAUUUUUGGGUGAACUAACCCUUUAAUAGUUUCUAAUGAAAAUAUAAACCUUAUAAACAAAAAGUUUAAGCAUGCCAGGCCACUAAUUUCCCCCCCAUCUAGACACAGCACACUCCAAAGGAGCAAUCAAAUGUUAUACAGUUACAUAAGCAUGUAAUUUUAUGCAACUGUAGCUUGGUUUGGUAACAUAUCAGUUAAGUUAAAAUCACAAAUAAACAGAUUGGUUUAUACAGCAAUGAAAUUGAUAGGGGUGAGGGAGUUUCCUUCCCUCCAAACUCUCUUUGAGAAGGCCAUAGUUAAACAUGCAAAUACAAUUCUAGCAGACCCCUCCCAUGUCCUGUACCCUGAAUAUGAACUACUCCCUUCAGAUAGAUGCUAUAGGGUGCCGGUUAAAUAUUGGAAAAGAUACCUGAAUAGGUACAAGAAUUCAUUCCUUUAUCAGUGAAUCUUCUAAAUUCAGGAUGUAAGGCAGUGUGAAUUGAGUAGUAGUGUCUGUAUUGUGUUUGUGUUUAUUAUUCCACUACAAUUGUAUGUUUUAUGUGGCAGCUUUUUGUCCAAGACAAAUUUUCUUAGGGACCAAUAAAGUAAUCCUGAAUCUUGAAUAAGUAGGCUAUUAUUAUGGUAAAUGCAUAUAAUAUUUUGCAGUGAUUAAGUAUUGGAUUUUCAAGAACCAUUAUUGAUCUGGCCCACUAAUGUUUUGUUUUGAAUUUUUCAAAGGACGAGUGAUUUCAUUUGAUGCACCACCUACAGGCGAUGUCGUGCUAGUGCAGGAACAUAUUUGCUCACUGUCUAUUAAUACCCAGAGCUCCACCGUGUGUCAGGUCAACAAUAUCUUGUGACAGGCAGCUUCGUUCUUGAAGGGACAUGCGGUCGUUUCAUUAUAAGAAAUAGCAAAAAUUACAAGCAGAGUCUAUUCCGUAUCAAACAAAUGUUUUAGGCAGAUUUAUCAUAGAUUAUUGAAGUGCAGACUAAACAGGAGGAACUUGAAGGGCGUUCAAGCACAAGGCUACAGUCUCUGUGCCAAUACUCUUUUGUUUCAGGCGUACUACUAGAACACUUUUAAACACAAACACUCUUUUUGGGAUGUCCCGGGACACGUUUGCUUUCACUUCUGCCUCUCUACGCUCCUUAAGACUGGAGCAGGAGCUUCAGGACUGGGAGGAUGCCAGGCGGGCCCUGGCACACAGGAGGGCUAUGACAAGGCGUCCACUCCCUGCCGCUCCCAGACUUCGACACGGAAAUGAGAGGAUCCAGACGGUCCGUGCUCCCCCACCCCAAAUACGGUGUCGAGACCCAGCCAUCCACAAUACCUUCACGUGUGGAGAUAUGAAGAGAGUGUAUGCCGUCCUCAAAGAGCCAGGCAUGGUGAAUGCACUGAUGGAGACUGCACAUGAGGAGAUGGUGUGGGCUCCGGAGAUGGGAAUGUGGACUCUCAGCUCAAAAAUAAAGCAGACUUCUCCACUGCGUCUGGCUGCCGGCAGGGGGCACUCUGGCUGUGUCGAGGAGCUGCUGUUUAGGGGAGCAGAGGUGGAUGCAGACCCAGGUGGUCGUACAGCUUUACACGAUGCCUGUUCAGGAGGCCAUCAUGUCUGUGUGCGCCUGCUCUUGGACCACGGGGCUGACCCAGACCUGCUCGCUGUCGAUGGCAAUGCCCCGCUGCACCUCUGCAAUGCAGCGGAAACAUAUCAGUGUGCUGAGCACUUGGUGACCAGUGGUGCAUUGGUGAACGUGGCCCAGCGUGACUCAUGCCUCACCCCCCUUCACGUGGCCUGCAGGAGAGGUCUGGAGGACCACGUGGAGCUCUUCCUGUCCUAUGGAGGGGACGUGACGGCUCAGACCCAAGAGGGUGAGACACCGUUGAAUGCAGCCUGUGCUGGGGCGGAGAGGCCCGCAGAUGCAGGACGGUUUCUGCGUAUUGUCCAGAAGCUGCUAGCAGCCGGGGCCGACGCGCAGACUGCUGGGAGGAAAAAGCAUACGGCCCUGCAUAAUGCCUGCGGAAACUGUUGUCCCCGCAUUGUUAAACUGCUGCUGGAACAUGGGGCUCGCGCGGACAUAGCUAAUUGUGCCGGAUACACACCCAUGGACUGCCUGCUGCAGGUAGUAGAGGAUUACCCAGACCAGCAGCCAGAGGUUGUGGCCCAGUCUCUUCUUAACUAUGGAGCGCAGCCACCCUCCCCUAGAAUGCUGAAACUCUGCCUCCUCCCUCCUGCCACUUUGGAGGUAAUGCUGAAUUGCUAUGCGGUCAUCCCAGCAUGUGAGGAGUGGUUAGAGGACACACCAGAGGAACUACUGAAGGAGCAUCAGUCUUUCUUCGAUGCGGUCAGACGGAUGAGCGGUCAGCCUCGCUCUCUUCAGCAUCUCUGCCGAUGUGCGCUCCGUCGCCACCUGGGGUCACUGUGUCACUUCGCAGUAGUCCAGCUCAACAUCCCCAGCACUUUAAAAGAUUAUCUACUGCUGCAUAACGACGGACAGCUCUGUUGAGCUCCACUGAGAAGCAAAAAAUAGCUGAUUGGAAACAGUUUUUUUCUUUCUUUCCUUCCCUUUUCUAAUCUGUGAUAAAUAAAUACACUGUUAUAAACUGA